AGGGUUUUUUUUUAUGGUAAUGCUGAAAUAAUGCUUAGGAACGGUCAGCAUCAAGCGCAGCUGCUGGCGCGAAGCCUGGGCCAGCUCUCACGUGGAGCGGCUACGGCAAAAAAAGUCACCAGUAAAGAGGAGAAGUCAAAGCUGAAGUCGUCUCCCAUAGAGAUGCCCAUAGAAGAGGCCCUAAAUGCCAGCUAUUUGUCCAAAACUCUGGGUAGCAACUAUAGGGCCUGGUCCGCUGCACUGGAGAAGCAUCCUGAGCUGAAGACGGUGAAGCGCAAGGAUUUGCUCAACUCCUACGAUGCGCUGAAAUCACUGCAGUACAGCGUGGACGAUAUUAUCACCAAGCCCAUGAUCAUCUAUUACGGGGCGACGACGCUGUCAAAUCGCCAUAGCGUCCUGCUGGAGUGCGGAUUCCAUAAUGUGACCAUCCAAACGCUGGCCAAGUAUGUGACGGUAGUCAAUAAGCCAAUCGACAUUCUGAAGGCUCAUGGCUUCAUACCUUUCGAUCUGAAGGUGCCCGAGCGUCUGGCUAGCCUAUUUACGGACAUCCAGCUGCCGCUAGCAAAGCAGGAGCUGGAAAGCGAGAGCCUCACCCUGAAGACAAUCCGCCAAUCGCUGCUGAAUGCCUACCUUCGCGAGCGCCUGCAGAUGGACGACGGCGAUCUGCAAAAGCUAUGGAGGGUCUACUCCCGUGUGCGGCAUAAAAGUUUCCGCUCUGUCCAGGACACAGUAGAGCUUCUGACCAAAGAGCUGAAGUUUUCCGCAGAGCGUCUGAGGAAGAACAGUUUUCUGCUCCAUGCGGACGCAGAUAAUGUGCGGCGCAUCCUCCAGGAGAUACCCACCAUUGACUCGCAGGACAUACGUGAUAUUGGCUACCGCCGGCCCAAGAUCCUAAUGUCCACCUGCGAUAGCCUGAAGCAGACCCUCCAGAAUGUCCGUUCCUUUGGCAUCACCGAAGGGGCGGUUAUGCGUUGUCUGGAGGUGCUUACUCUGGGGCCGGACACAGUGUUGGAGCGUUUGCGGGAUCUACAGGAGAUCGAGGAGUUCCAGGUGCUGGGCACCAAUCCGCGUGUGCUGCGCUUGGUCCACUACCAGAACAAGGCCCGUCUUCGUUUGGAUUACUUAACGCAGCUGAAGGUGCGUUGCGCCUCCCUGCACAUCCUCUCCUGCGGCUCCGAAGCGUUUGCCAAAUUCGCUAGAGAUGGCUCGGAUCGUACCAAAGGUCGUGACAUUGUGGUCUACCUGGGCAACGUUCUAUCCAAGGAUGAGCAAGUGCUACGUAAUCUGCUUUCCCGCCACCCCAACUGGUGCCAUAUACCCCUUCUGCAUGUGAAGCAGUGUCUGGAGUACUUGAAGAGCAAGAAGUUCAAGCUCACGGAGAUCUUUGACAACAUUCACUUGCUCUUGUAUCCCAUUAAACGCAUUGAGGAGAAGCUCUUGCUACUGCAGUCGCCCGAAAUUCAGGAGGAGCUGCAGUUGCCUGUGUCCGAUGUCCAUGAUCUGAGCAACAACGAGAUCCUGACUCUCAUCCUCUAUCUAAUCGAAUCGGAAUUCCACUUCACCGGCGAUGGCAUCUGGACGGAGCAGCACACACAUCACGUGGAGAACUUCAACAAUCUGCUGCCCGAUUUCCCGGAGAGCCUCAACAAGGUUUAUAAAUACGGCGUUAAACCACCAGCCGAAAAGCAGAUUGCGCAGCAUUUAUAGAACUGCCUGCCAAUAAAAUUGUACAUAGUUAAUUAGUAUCCUAAUACAAUUGAUUUUAAAUGGAUAUAAAAUUAUUUGAUUUAUUGAA